GUAUGCACAAGCUUCGAGAUAAAGUGAAUCCAAAACCAACCAAUGUACAAUAUAGAGUAUCUAAAGGUGUACAGACUUACAUGAGAGUGAAAGAGAUGAAGGAACAGGUUCCUGCUGUUGAUAAAUGUGGACAGCAAAUAUCUAGAAGUAAGAAGAGAUCUCCGUUAAAGGAAAGGAGUGUGAGGUAUAAAGACAAUAAAUUGAACGAAACUUACGACUAUUUGAGGUCGGCAUCUUCUCAUCAGUACACGAGGUCUGCUGAAGUAAGAUAUUUGAGUGACGUCACCAAAUGCCUGAAGGAGACAAUACGGCAGAUCUGCGAAGAUAGAUCAGUUGUAUGUCCCCAAAUCCAAAGUCGAUACAGUCACCACCAGAGAAUGCACUACAAAAAGCAUGUAUCUCAAGAAGCGAAGGGAAUAGCUAUUGAUCCAUCGUCACACAAAUCAAGUUAUUGCUGCAAACCCUGUGAUAAAGUGACAACUGAAUUAGUACCAAAUACUGAUACACAAGAGUCAUUCGAUAAUAUUGAUGGAAAAUUAAAACGAAUCGUCAACGAAUGGUUACAAAGUGUACCAGUUUACGCCAGUAUGAGUUUAGAAGCUAAAAUGAAAAGAGAAGAAAUACUGGAAAAUUUAGUAAACACAAUAAAACAAUUGAAGGAAUCCCAUUCAGAUGAUGUCGAUGAUAAAAUUAGGUAUGAGAUUAGAAAAUGUAUGGAUAGCCUUCCCAUGUGGAGCCCUGAGGAUGAGCAUGAGGUCCAUAAAUUUAAAGAAAGACUUGCUGACAAUCUGUUUGAUAAAUUACGUAGUUUAAAUGUAAAAAGUUAUGAAAAAUGUAAAAAGAAUGAAUUUGACAGGGAUAGCGAUAAUUUUGAUAAAGAAAUAAUUAAGGUGCUUGAUAAAAUCGAAUUUGAAAGUAAAGAUAGUCAAGGACAAGUUAUCGAUAUAAGAAAAAUUAAGGAUAUACUUACGAAAAGAUUAAAAUCUGUAGUUUUGGGUCGACAUUCAAAUAACAAUGAUUAUCAUGAUGUUCUAAAAAAUGAAAUAACUGAUAUCCUUGGCGAAUUACCUCUUAAAAUAGAUGGAAAUAAAACUGUGUUUAUUGACAAUUUGGCGGAUAAGCUAGCUGAGAAACUAAAAAAUAUUCCGGUUAGUGAAACUAAGAGAGCGCAACCUAGUAAGUCCGUAGAAGAUGAAUUGCAAAUGCAAAUUUUUGAUUGGCUUAAGGAUAUUCCAGAAUCUAGUGGUAGUGCGUCCAAUAUUGAAGAAAAUAAAAAGAUGGUGGGGAAGCUUGCUGAGAAACUUCAUAAAUUACAGAUGCAAGGGACCGACAAUAAAGCAAUACAACAAAAAAUGCAAGAUGAAAUUAGAGAUUGGUUGGAAUUUUUUACAAAUACGAACCGUAGUUACGUAGAUACAGAAAGCAGAAAUCAAUUAUUAAAAAAGUUGAUGGAAAAGUUAGAUGGUUUAGAAAUAUCUUUACCAGAGAAGAUAAGUAAAAAAAAUAUUUAUAUAGAUGACUCCCAAAAUAAUUUAAGAAAACAAAUAGGUGAGUGGUUGGAGGAUAUACCAGAACUAAUGAAUAAUGAUGAUACUAAUGGAAUGAUAGAAAGUUUAGUUCGUAAACUGAAAGAUAUAAAUGAUCCAGAUUUACUACAAAAUGAAAUAACUGAAUGGUUAAAUUCGGCGGCUCAAAGCAAUAACCCAAAGAAUCUUAUGAACCUAGAAGAUAAAUAUGUGAAUAAAAUUAAAUCUAUAGAAACACCAAAACAGAGCAAAAGUACCUCGGAUUAUGAGGAACAAAUAACUGAAGACAUUUGGAGCUCACUCAAAGACAUUUUGAAAACAGAAAACAAUGUUGAAAAUAAAAAUAUGGUGGAGCAAUUAGCUAAAAAAAUAUCCAAAUUACAGUCACAGGCAGAAAUUGAUAAUGGUAAAAAAAAGGUACAUGAUCAAAUAAGAUAUUUUUUAGAUAAUAUCUCUGAUAUAAAUGAUGUGAAUAUAUCGAAUAAACAUUAUCUCAUUGGCAAUAUUAUGUCCAGAAUCAAAGCUACUCCUAAAGGACGUAAACGUUGGAAUAAAGUACUCGACAAUGGUGAGCAAUCCAAAAUUAAUGAAAUUUCUGCAAUUUUUAAUGAACAUGAUAUAAAAAAUGGCAACAGUAAUAAAAAGGAUGUAGAAAAUAAAACAUCCAACGUUAUAGCAAAAAACAUAGAUAAAGUGAAAGACGGUACAACAAAACAAGAACCACCAUCUGGAAUUUCUGGUAUAUCAAAAAUGUUUAUGGAUUUAGAUAAAACUAAAGCUGUGGAACUACCUAAAAGUUCUAAAAGAAGUCCAAUAUCAUUGAAUUCAAAAUCAUCAGAAAACGACCUAAAAGAAUCUAUUAAGGAAGACAUAAGUGAUAUAUUUGAUGAAUACAGCAUUUUUAUGCCCAAUAGAGAUAAAAUAGAAUCGCGUCUAGCAAACAUUUUGGCAAAUGAAAUAAUGCGAGGGAAAGAUAACACUAGAGAACAUAUAUAUCAAACUCUGCAUGAUGGAAAAUUAUCGAAAGAAGAAGUCGAUGAUAUAUCUAAAAGGCUUAUAGAAUAUGCAAAGGAACUUCCACUAAGUUUUCCAAAGUCCGAUUCUACUAAAAGUGGUUCUAGUUUUACUCAAGAAACUUUUUCACCAAAAGAAAUAACACCUUUACAAAACGAAGUAUAUGAAGAUAGCAUUAAGAAACAAAUAAUUGAUUUAAUCGAAGAAAUAACUGGUAACAGCCAUAAUAUCACAAAGAAAAAUAAAGUAGCCAUCGAACAAUUAAGUAAAAAAAUUUGUGGUAUGGUAUCUGAUUCAAAGAGAACUCCGGAUGGAAACAAUAACGUUGUAAGAAGUGAAGUUUCUAAGUUCUUAGAGAAUUUACCAAUAAUAUCAAAAACACCACAGGCACUGGCUAAUAAACUUAGAAAUCGUUUACAAAAUGUUGGUUUCACGACAUCCACACCUCGAGCUUCCGUGAGGAGAGAAAUAUCAUUAUUUCCAAAACGUGACACAGCUAGUUUAUCUUCGGUUAACAACGAUAGCGCAGAAAAGAGUUUUUUAUCAGCAAAACUACAAACCAAUGACGAAAAACAAUACAAAUCUGAGCUCACCAAUAUUGUAAGAAAGUGGAUACGUGGACUUGAAAUUAAUUUAGAUGGAAAAAACUAUUUUAUAGAAACUGUGGUAAAAAAUUUAGUCGACGACGUAAUUGAUAGGCAAAAGUAUAUACAACUGAAUCCAGAAGCUAAAGUAUCGGAAAAAGAGGAGUUAGAACAUCUAAAGUACCAAGUGUUUAGGUGGUUAAAUAAAAUAAUAAAUGUUAUUACAUUAUCAGAUAUAAUUACUAAAACAAGUAAUCUUUUAAGACUUAUAAAUAAUGUUCCUGUACCUCAAUUAGUAAAAUCACUCGGAAAACGCCAAGAAAUAAAAUUGGCGGAAGGAAUGAUUCCCAACUAUUUAGAUGCCCUUCAAGACGAGAUUUCAUUAUGGUUUGGAGAUGUAUCAUCAAGUUUGCCUAUGUCAACUGACAGUCUUCAUAAACAAUUGAUAGAAGAACUAGUCGAGAAUUUAGCACAACUUCUUAGACAAGAAAAUAUUGAAGGAAAAAUUGAUAAUGAAAUUUCUAAAUGGGUAAACAAAGUGAUAGGAAAUGAAAUAGACGAAGAAAAUUUAAAGAAAAUUACAACUUUAUUAAAAAAUAGACUCAAUAAUAAAGGAUUUAUACAUGACAAUAGUUGGAUAUUAAAACAAGAUAACAGCCAAUUUAUUCAAGAAAAUUUACUCGGUAGUAUCUUAGAUUGGUUAAAGGGACAAUCACUAUAUCAAAAUAGAAAUUCUCAAGAGAAACGUAUUCAAGAAAAUUUGACUUCGGAACUUGUUAAGGGACUGAAAGACAUUCUUGAAUCUGUUGAUUCACUAAAAGAAGGUGUCAAUACAAGACUUCUUAAAGAAAUAAUGAAACAUUUACAGAAAUUUCCUAUGGAACAGGAUUAUAAAACAAAUGAAGAAUACAUACGUAAUAUAGCAGAAAAACUUUUACACCAUUUAAAAGAUUUAGAAUUAUUUUGUAAUAUUUCAGAUAUGGACCUUAGACGCACAGAUAUUUUUUUAACCACUGUCGAUAACUGGAUUAAUUCACUUCCAAUGAAUAAAAAGAUAACAAUUACAGAAAAGAUCGAGUUCAAUAGGUUAAAAAAAGAAUUAAUCGCACGCUUGAAAGUCCUGUGGCAACAAUAUGAUAUAAAUACAUUAAUUAUUAAGGAAGAAAUUAAAAACAAUUUAUUAAAGUUUCCAAUAGAUGCAUCAAUGAAAAGGAAUCAGAAAUUUGUAUCCGAUAAAGUAGAUGAGCUUCUGAAGCUAUUGUUAGAUAUAGCAUCAAAUAUCCAUCAACUAUCUUCAAUUAGUGAACCCGGUAGUAGUGCAAGUAAUAAACAAGUUCCCAAAAAAGCAGCUGAUAUUUUAUAUGACAGUAUAGCGAAUUGGUGUGAAUAUCUACCCAUUCCUAAUGGUAAUACCCUGGAAGAUAAAGAAAGAACUAAAACAUUAAAACAACAUAUUGCGAGUAAAUUAAUUAAUAAAGUAGGCGAAAUAAAUAUAAACCCUGAAAUAUUUAAUAACAGUAUGCUCUAUGAAGAUGUAAUUCAAGAUGAAAUAGAUAAUUUACUUAGUACUCUACCGCCAAGUCAAGAGUUAGAAAAUACCAAAUCAGAAAUAAAUAGAAAUUUAUUAGAAAAAAUUACAGAAGCACGCGAAAAAACUCUAGAAGAGUUAGCAGGAAAGGCUUAUUUACAUCAACUACGUGAAGCUAUAUCGAAUACGUUACCGUCUUUUGACCUUUCAUCAGAGGAGCAGGCUUCCUUUGAAAUGUUAAAAGAUAGUCUUGCAGAUGCUUACAUCAAUUUACACCAUAUUGCAGAGAGCGACGGGCUAAAGCAGGAAUUAAAAAAUAGAAUAGCAAAAGAAAUUAAUAGAUUCUGUAACAAUUAUUUGAAACGACAUCCAGCAACUCCUAUUGAUCCAACAAAGAUAAACCAAGACCUACUUAACGCCUUGCAAAAAGUUCCUAUACCCAGAGAUGAAACAAUGAAGUCUGAAAUACAGCAAGUGAGACUAAAAGGGGUAGUCAAUGAUUGGAUUAAAGAACUACCUCUAUUACAAGCUUCAGGUCCAGAACUAUUAAAAAGAAAUAAAAUUGUGACUAUUUUAGCAAAACGUUUACACGAUAUUGAGAAGGAACAGGAAGUAAACCCAGAUAUAAAUCACGAAGAUAAAACACAGAAAGAAAUAAAAAAAUGGUUAAUGAAAUUGCCCUUAAUUUCCGAUAAAAAAAUGGAAAUAGAAGAUAUGGUAAAUAAUUUAAGAAGUAAAUUACAAAGUGCAGAACUAUCUAGAAACGUUGGUCCAUCAUUGGCGACAACAGACCCUAACGAAAAAUCGUCAGAUACAUCACAAAAAACGAGCAUUUGUCAUUUAUGCCCGCUCAGUACUCUAAGUACCGAAGACAAAAUCUAUAUGCAAAGGAUAAGAGAAAGAAAUUUCACGCCAUCGAGGUUUGAAUUUUCAGCAAGCAGCAAUCGUAAAGAUGCAGCUGUUGAUCCACUUUCUAUAGAUAUUGGAAGUCAAACAGAAAUGAGACCAAACAACUCGGAGUUAUCAGAUUCCAAGAACAUCGUGCCAACUUGCUCUAAAAUUUUAAAUACAUUACCCCAUACAAUCUCAACCUCGUGCGAUAGACCCUGCGUUCAAGAAGUUGGCAGCCAAGUUGAAAUUUUCCCUCAAAUUAUCGUGAAAGAAUACUUUUGGAAUACAUCAGCAACGCAAUGCUCAGAAUACAGAUUUCCAUGUAGUACUCAUUUGGAACCAUGUAGUUCUUUCCAAAGUCAUGGACUACCAUGUACUUCCACUUCACAGGGUCCUCCAAGUAUUCCUGAUAAAGUUUCAUGGACCACAGGGCAAAACCGAUUUCUAUCUCCUGUCCCAUGUAUUGUUUUACCACCGCCGUCAAUUCCAAAAGCACCCUGCGUAUCCAUACAGCAGCAAACUAGUUCAUGUCAGUCCCAACAUGCAUGCUUAGCCCAACAACCUGAUAUAUCUAUUCGAUCUACUCCUAAACGACUUUGUACGAGAAAAGAGCGAAGUGUACCUUUUAGUCAACUUUGUUUUAAAUCAACUGAUGCGUCAAAAAAUUCAUCUCCAAUCGAAAAUCCUGAGGUAGGAACCAGCAGAUCUUUUCGUCAAGAACAUAUGAGUCGUCCAGAUUCAUUUGAAGAUAUCCAGUAUUCCAAAAGUUCUAAAAAUCAUGAUAAAACACAAAGAUCUAAAGGUGUACCUAAUAUAAGUGAUGAUAAUGAAAACACUGAAUGGUCUGCACGUUUUCCUGAUGAUGUGGAAUUUUGGGACAGUUCUUCAUCGAGAGGUAGGAUCUAUCAGAUACCCUCUGAAGAUAUAGAAUAUCCAUUUACAAGAGAGAGGAAGAGGAAACAAGAAAAAGUCAGGUGUCGUUGUAAAGAGCGCAUUUUGACAAAAAGCAUGAGCAGAAAAGUUAAGCAAACACCUUGCCAAUCUUGUGAAAAUUUGAGACGUUGCACUAAAUGUUCUGGUAUUCAUUGUCCGCAUCCAAGUGGAUUUUAUUUCAGAUAAUACUGUUCGUUAAUCAUACUGUGUAAAAUGUUAUUGUAAAU